UUAUAUACAAUACAGUGCAGGUAUUGCUUAUGGCUUGUUCUAUGUAUAUGGCCCAAUUAAUAGGAUUGUUAAGGCUGUGUUCUUGUUGCAUUUCUGCCCCUUUGUAUUUUAGCUUGAAAAGGCUGAUAUGUGUUUGCCAGAGGUGGAGUAAAGUAAUCACCUGCUGGUGGGCUGUAACAGAUGUCUUCUCUGACGACAUUUGCUGUGUAUUGUCAAUGCUAUAUAAGCUGCUGUUAGACACAUUGCAGAGACUACCCAGCCAGAGCUUUAGCAGCCUUCAGCUCCCAGGGAGAAGAAACUUAACACGUUACAGUUCCUCCUCACUAGAAAGAUUUACACAGUGAGAAUGGAAGCUGUCAAAUAUUUGGUGCUGAUUGCUGUGUGGCUGCAAGCCUCUGCCAUUCCCCUAUCCACUAGACUUUCUGAAGAAGAGGAGAAGGUCUCGAAAUGUAUUAUGGAAAUUUUGAAAAAUGCUCUUUCCACACCCAGAGCAGAACAUGUGAGCAACAAUUGCCUUCGGAUUCUGAAAGAAGAUGAGAGAGUGUUGUCUAUGAUGCACCAACAGCACUUGUUGAGGGAGCUUGAGGAUCUUACGCACAGAGAAAAGUCUAAGCACUUAGAAGAGGAAGUUAUGGAUAGCAGUGAGGAAGAUGAGAGGAAAAAGAGAGUUAAAGGGACCACUUCUAAGAGAGAGAAGGAGCAAAAAAGAGAAUUAGAGAGAGAUGUUUCUAGAGAGCAUCAGGAAACCAAGGAGUUUGGGAAGGUGGAGGUAAAAGAGGAAGAGCAUGGAACAUUUGAUGAGGAGAAAGCCAAAAGGUUAUUAGAGGAUGAUGAUGAAAGGAAGAGAAGUCCACCUGGAAAGAGGGGUGAUGAGCAAAAGAAAUCUGGAAAGGAUGUACGAGGGGAUGAAGCCUCAAAGAGAAAAGACAAGAAACAUUUCAGUGAAGAAGAUGAAUAUAGUUCAGAAGAGGAUGAGGGAGAUAGACACCAUGGCAACAACCAUGGAUGGUACCACGAGAAUCACCAUUCAUGGGAGAAUGAAAAGAGAGGGUCUGAGAAGAGGAUGGCUGAAGAUCCAAGUGAAGAGGAGACAUCUCAGUUUGAGUCAGAAGACAAAGGUGUGAAAUAUUUUAACUCAAAGACUCAUAUGCAGGGAUUUCAUGGGGAUGGCAAGCGGCAUAUGUCUCUCAAAGAAGAAGAGGCGGGUAGAGAGAGAAGUUUCCACCAUCCAGGAGAACUAAAGAUAGGUAGAGAGAGGCAUCACCAUUCUGGCAGGGUUGGUAACCAUGAAAAUCAAGAAGAGGAAGAGGAGGAGAGAGAGUUGGAGGAAAUAGAGGAAGAAGAAGAACACAAAGCUGAGGAACAUGAUCUCCAGCAGGUGGAGGAAGAGCUGAGGAGAGCCGCUGAGAAACUGCAGGAGCUGCACCGGGGUUGAAUUAAAAAUACGUAGUUUUAACAUUCUUACAGUUACUAGUGCACAUACGCUUUGUACAAUUUUCUUUACUGGAUAUAGCUUUUCACUGUUUUCUUUUAUUACUGGUGCAGUUAACUGCUGUCUCUGCUUUUUCACGUCCAUACUGUGGGUGCGGUAAUGUGCAACCAUGAAUGGUCCUGUUGUGACAACAAUGCCAUAAAGAAGGAAGAACUUGUCCAUUUGUCAUGGUUCUGGACGUUAUUCAUAUUAUAGUGUAUGGCUAUUAUGCUGUGUUGCAAAUUACAUAGAAAUUCAAAAACAACAAA